UUGUCCCGUGUGCAUGUUAACGUUACUGUGAGCAUGUGAAAGUGUAUGUGAAAGUGCUGAUGGGACCCCACCCUCCCCUGAAAAUCCCCCCGUUUGGCGGAAACUCAUAGCUGCAGGAGAACAAUCCAGCGCUCGGCCUUUUGUUGUGACACCGCUCAUUGUCCCCUGAGCUGUGACCGUGUGUGUGUACACCCGUGUGCGUGUGUGGACAUCUGCGACGUGUGUUUGCUGCCCGGUAUAAAUAGCGCGGGACGUGUGCCGGAACGCAGAUUCUGUGAAAGACGAUGGCUGUGCCAGGACCCCCUCUACUGCUCCCUCUGUCCCUGCUGCUGCCGCUGCUGUUGAGCAAGGCAUCCCUGCCCGCAGCCGCAUACACGCUCACCCCCGGACGGCAGCCACAGCACAAAGUCCUUCACCUGGACUGGCCUAAGGAUUGUGGUAUGGCUCACUUCAAGCCCAACAUGGCUGAAAGGAUAGUGUCUGGGAACGAGGCCAGACCUCACUCGUGGCCCUGGCAGGUCUCUCUGCAGGUUCGUCCCAGGGGAAGUAAACAAUACAUUCAUGUCUGCGGAGGAACUCUCAUCCACAAGAACUGGGUCCUCACUGCUGCUCACUGCUUCCAGAAGGGUAAAGCCGAGGAUGCCGGGAGCUGGAGGAUCGUCCUGGGGAAGCACCAGCUGAAGCGUUCAGAGAUGGCGGAGAGGAUUUUCCCGGUGAAGAGAAUCUACCGGCACGAGAACUUCCGCUAUCCCGCCCACAGUGAGCUGGACUACGACAUUGCCCUGGUGAAGGCCGCCAAAGACAUUGUCCCUUCGAACUUCAUCCGCUACGCCUGCCUGCCGCGCAAGCAGACCAGCCUCAAACCGGGACACUACUGCUGGGUCACGGGCUGGGGAGACACCCGGGGCGGGAAGGAGAAUGUGUCUCUGGCAGAAGCCUUGAACCAAGCUCGCCUCCCCAUCAUCGACUUCAAGACCUGCCGGCAGAAGAAAUUUUGGGGCGACCGCGUCCGAGACUCCAUGAUCUGCGCCGGCUUUAGGGACACAGAGGAUCCCCCUGCCGCGUGCCAGGGCGACUCUGGUGGUCCUCUGCUGUGCCAGCUGGGGCGCGACCGCUGGGAGGUGCACGGCGUGGUGAGCUUCGGCCCCAUCGGCUGCACCGUGGAGAACAAACCCAGCGUGUUCACGCGCACCGCCGCCUACAUCCCCUGGAUCGAGGCGACGCGCAUCAGGGACUUCUUCCUGCACUGAGCGGGACACACCUGACAGAAAACAUAAGCUCUGCUCCCGUCUCACGUCCUGACGUCCACAGACCAAAUCUCACAGCAGAAAGUUCAGUUGUGUUUCACCAUUUCUGCAGCUAACGCAACACAAACACUUACAAGCUGUAAAUAUACGUUCUGAAUGUGCAAUAGUUGUUUCAUAUAGCACCAUAUUCUACGGUAUACACUAUGCACUGCUGUGGUUCUGAACAGCAGACAUUUAUACGACUCAAGACCGUUUACUUUGUGCAAUAAAACUAGUUAAAAAUC